AUGCAGCGGCAGACCCUGGUUCCCAUUCACUACUACAUGCGCGGGAGGGAUCCCUCUCGGACGUCCGUUUUGGACCUGGCCUGCGGCACCGGACGCUUUCUCACCUUCCUCAAGGACAACUACCCGUCCGCACGGACGUACGGGGUGGAUCUCAGCCCAAAUUACCUGAAAGCUGCGGAGGAGAACAUGGAUUACUUCGAGAGAUUUGACAUGCAAGUCAACGGCUUCCGAAAGCUGUCGCGGCCUCGCUAUAUCCAGGCUAGCGCAGAAAGCCUUCCAUUUGGGGACAGAUCCCUGGACGUAGUUACGUGCGUCUAUCUCUUUCACGAGCUUCCCCCGGAGGCGCGCCGCGCGGCCAUCGCGGAGGUUUCGAGGGUUCUUGAACCGGGCGGCAUCUUCGUCUGGACAGACUCACUCCAGGAGGGAGACCGUCCAGAGAGCGCGCCGGUGGCGGCGCUGUUCCGCGCGCUGUUUCACGAGCCGUACUUCGCGAGCUUUCUGCGCGCGGACUUUGAGGGGAUGUGCGCGGCCGCGGGGCUCGCGCACGAGGCCACCAUCCUGGCCCAUCUCUCCAAGGCAAGCGUUUUGAUGUUUCAGGGUUCUAUCACCAUUAUUUACAAGCUUUUAAGCUGUUUCCAUAUCAGGCGGGCUGCAGAUCUGAGAAAUGGCUGGGGGACAAGUCUCUUUGCUAUCACCAGCGUCCAUCUUGUGAACGUCAACGAAUUGGACGGUUCAGAUCUGAUUUGUCAGAUAUCAUACCAGAGGUCCUGA